AUGUUCAAGCAACUUUUCCUCCAACGGGUGCCUCCUUCUGUGCAAGCCAUCCUUGCGCCUAACAUUCCUUCAUCGACUGUUCAGAUGCUCGCGGAGACUGCUGACCGUAUACUCGAGUACUACCAGCCUCCUGUUACGGUUAACGUCGCUAGUCGAAGCAUAACUGCCCCCACAAUCGAGGAUGUUGUCAAACGCCUGGAUACCCUCACUCUCGAAGUUUCCCAGCUCCGGGCCACUCGUGUCUAUAACCCUCGUAGUCCUGCAAUUUCUCGCCGCCCGAGAUCUCCCACUCCAAACAAACCUACAGUUGAUGGUUUCUGUUGA